UUGGGUACCUCUGGACAUGGUAAGAGAGCAAGGCCAGAUGAUGAUCAAGAUUCUUCUUCUGGAGAGGGGUCUCAGUCAGUCACUGCUGAUGUUGGGAUCAUUGAAAGCAUUUCACUGAAGAACUUUAUGUGUCAUGCAAUGCUUGGACCCUUCCGAUUUGGACCAAAUGUCAACUUUGUUGUUGGGAACAAUGGAAGUGGUAAAAGUGCUGUUCUUACAGCUCUGAUUGUGGGUCUGGGCGGCAAAGCUGCAACCACCAACAGAGGUUCAUCAAUAAAAGGAUUUGUCAAAGAUGGACAGACGUCUGCGGAUGUAUCUGUAACAUUGCGCAAUCGAGGAUCAGAUGCUUUUAAACCUGAGGUAUAUGGAGACUCCAUUGUUGUUCAGCAGCAUUUAACUGUAGAUGGAAGUCGCACCUACAAACUGAAAAGUAAGACAGGGACCAUUGUUUCGUCUAAGAAGGAA